AAACAAAAUUAAUUUAAGUCAUUGUGUUUAGUUAAUGUUGUCUGAAACAUUUGUAAAACUGAUAAAUAAACAUUAUCAUUUUAAAAUUAGUUAUGAUAUAUUGUAGAAAAUUUGUUUAAAAAAUGUUUACACGGUUACAUGCUCUUAAAAGUGUUGUGUUUAAAACAAGUUUACCAAAACAAAACAUUUUAAUUGCAAACAUUAAAAUGUUACACGAUUAUAAGUUAACACCAAAUAUAAAUUUAUAUAGUGAAAAUACAUUACAUAAAAAUGAAAUUAAUCAAAAUAAACCGUUAGUGAUUAUUAUGUCAUGGAUGAUGGGUAAACGAAAACAUUUACAACGUUACACAGAAAUUUACAUUGACAAAGGUUGUGAUGUUCUAACAGUAAACAUUACACCAUGGCAAUUAAUGUGGCCGACAAGUGGAAGUCAAAUUGUUGCAAAAGAAUUAGUCAAUAUUUUAGAGCACGUUAAAAUGCCAUUAUUGGUGCAUGGAUUUUCAGUUGGAGCUUACGUAUGGGCGGAAGCUUUAUUAAUGCUUGGUCCAAAUCAUCCUGUAUUAUCACGUAUUUAUGGACAAGUAUGGGAUAGUGCUGCCGAUUUUGCAACAAUUGGACAUGGAUUAUCGUUUGCUAUGUUUCCAAAUAAUUUUAUUGCGAGGAACAUGUUAAAAUAUUAUAUAAAAUUCCAUACAAUACUUUUCCAUUAUUUUUCGGUUGUACAUUAUCGUAAAGCUAAAAAUCAUUUUUUUAAUGGGGCAUUAAGAGCACCAAUGCUUAUUUUUUGUUCGGAAAAUGAUUUAAUUGGUACCGCAUCGGAGAAUCGAGUUUUGAUGAAUGGGUUUAUAGAACGUAAAAUUCCAGUACGUAUGAAGUGUUGGGAGAAAUCCGCUCAUGUAAUGCAUUUAACCAUACAUAAUGAAGAAUAUAUGCAUGAGUUGAACAAAUUUCUAGAUGAAAUUGGUUUCCCACCAUUACCUAAAGCAAAAUUAUAAUGCAUUUGUUAAGCACAUUCCUACAUUUCCUUAUAUUUCGCUUUCACUUGAACUCUAGAAAGGAAUACAUAUACCCACGA